GAUGCACACAUGGAUGCCUCGCGCACUCUGCAAAUUCAUCAUCAGCAUCUUGCAUUAGUCAUCUGACGGACUGCCAAGUGUUUCAUUUUCUUUUCAUGUGACUUUAUUAUUACCACCUCUCGCCUCUCUUCCAAAAAUCUCCAAAAGGGGAGGGGAAGGGGGGAAAAUCCAUCAGCAAUCCAGCCCUGCCUUUCUUUCCACACGAGAGCCAGUGUGAGGCUGAUAAGGCUGCGGAUGCAUUGAUGGCAGCCUUGCAGAACGAGACCUGCACUUAACUUGCAGCUGCCUCCCAAGCCGGGUUUCAAGAUGUCCACGCCCCGGGUGACAGCCGGCGGGGCGCUGCCCUGCGCUCAGGCGGUGCUGAACAGCAGCAGUCUGCAGUGAGAGCUUGCCGCUGCCGCCGAGGAGCAACCUAAUGUAACGGCACAGCCAACAAGAUGAACGGCGCUUUGGAUCACUCAGACCAACCAGACCCAGAUGCCAUUAAGAUGUUUGUCGGGCAGAUCCCCCGGUCCUGGUCGGAAAAGGAGCUGAAAGAACUUUUUGAGCCUUACGGAGCCGUCUACCAGAUCAACGUCCUCCGGGACCGGAGUCAGAACCCUCCCCAGAGUAAAGGUUGUUGUUUCGUAACAUUUUAUACAAGAAAAGCUGCACUUGAGGCCCAGAAUGCACUGCACAAUAUUAAAACUUUACCUGGGAUGCAUCAUCCCAUUCAGAUGAAACCUGCAGAUAGUGAAAAGUCAAACGCUGUGGAAGACAGAAAAUUGUUCAUAGGAAUGGUUUCGAAGAAAUGUAAUGAGAAUGAUAUCAGGGUGAUGUUUUCUCCAUUUGGCCAGAUAGAAGAGUGCCGGAUUCUCCGGGGACCCGAUGGGCUGAGUCGAGGCUGUGCGUUUGUCACAUUUUCUACAAGGGCAAUGGCACAGAAUGCAAUCAAAGGCAUGCAUCAGUCUCAGACCAUGGAGGGCUGCUCUUCACCUAUCGUGGUGAAGUUCGCUGACACUCAGAAGGACAAAGAGCAAAGGCGCCUCCAACAGCAGCUCGCGCAGCAGAUGCAACAGCUCAACACUGCCACCUGGGGGAACCUGACGGGUCUGGGCGGACUCACCCCACAGUACCUGGCGCUUCUGCAGCAGGCCACCUCCUCCAGCAAUUUGGGUGCAUUCAGUGGCAUUCAGCAAAUGGCUGGCAUGAAUGCUUUACAGCUACAGAAUCUGGCCACGCUGGCGGCCGCUGCAGCCGCGGCCCAGACCUCAGCCACCACCACCAAUGCAAACCCUCUGUCCACCACGAGCAGCGCCCUGGGAGCCCUCACAAGCCCCGUGGCUGCUUCAACUCCCAACUCCACUGCUGGUGCAGCCAUGAACUCUUUGACCUCUCUGGGGACUCUGCAAGGACUGGCGGGAGCCACUGUUGGACUGAACAAUAUUAAUGCACUAGCAGUUGCUCAAAUGCUCUCAGGUAUGGCGGCUCUGAAUGGAGGACUUGGCGCCACGGGCUUGACGAAUGGCACGGCAGGCACCAUGGACGCCCUCAGCCAGGCCUACUCAGGGAUCCAGCAGUACGCGGCGGCCGCACUGCCCACGCUGUACAGCCAGAGCCUGCUGCAGCAGCAGAGCGCCGCGGGCAGCCAGAAGGAAGGUCCAGAGGGUGCAAACCUCUUUAUUUACCACCUUCCACAGGAGUUUGGAGACCAGGACAUUCUGCAGAUGUUCAUGCCUUUUGGAAAUGUUAUCUCUGCUAAAGUCUUCAUUGACAAACAGACCAAUCUGAGCAAGUGCUUUGGUUUUGUUAGCUACGACAAUCCAGUGUCUGCGCAAGCUGCUAUCCAGGCUAUGAAUGGCUUUCAGAUUGGCAUGAAACGCUUGAAGGUCCAGCUGAAGCGCUCCAAAAACGACAGCAAACCUUACUGAUCCUAACCCCAGAGGCUCCCGCUCUUAUUUUAGCUUUCCUAGGGUAAGUCCCACGGGCCAGCCUGUCCGCAACAGGACAGGCAGAGGAGGACCACAUUGCCAACUUUUACCACGAGAGACGGUUCUUUUUACAAUAAGGCCUCCAUCCCCUCCCUCCCCCACCCAGUUCGCCAUAUUUAAGACUCGGGCUACCUUGUUUCUAGCGAGUACACUCCUCCAGUGCCACUGUAUUCUCCUUUGUUUUGCAAUUCGAAUCUCCUUUUACCUUUUUUUGUUUGGUUUUUGGUUUUUGCUUUUAAAAAAAAAAAUACGUACACAAAUAAAUGCCAUCUUGAGAAUUUAAAAGGCAAACAAAGGCUAAUGUGCACUUGUAACUCUGAGAGCUGGUGCCCUGCCUGGAGAACGCAGCCUCCUGUCCCAGCUCACCCCUGGGCGGGCACCAGCUGUUCAGACGUCAGGCGGUGGCCUAGCAAGAGAGAAGCCAGGAGAAGCACUUAAAACAAUCCACAACGUCUUUCCACUACAUUUGGUUUGUUUUAAUACGUAGGAUUUUAUUUUAGGGUUCAAAGAAACAUGACAUCCAUUGGUCAGGUUAUUACACUGGUUGUCUAUUUUGUUAUUGUUUUAUUUUCGUUCUUAGAAAGGAUUAAUGUAAAAAAAAAGAUUUAGAGAUCUGUUUCUUAAAGCUACAGGGUUUAAAAAUAAAAUAAAAAGGAAUGAAAAUACUUGAUGUUUCUUGAAAGAUAAAUUUAAUAAUAAAUAAUACAUAAAUAAUACAUAAAUAAAAAAAGAAAGCCACAGGCCUGUAAAUUUUAUUUGUAAAAAAAGCAUUUCUAUUUUUGUACAAAAUUUUUACUGCCUCAGAAAUAAUGGAAGUUCUUUAUUGCCUAUUGUUAACUUAUUGGGAACCUAAAGAGCAGUUCUCCGCACUAGCUAGAUCCUUCUGAAGUAGUCUCUAGAGGAAUCGUUCUAGGAAUGGGCUUUUUGUCACCGUUGAACCCUAGGCCUAAAGUUCAUGCUUUACCCUCUUGUCGUUUGUAUCUGUCUGAUUAUUUUGUUGUAACUUCCAUUACCUAGUUUACAGUUCAGUUGUCUGACUCUCCCCGUAUGUUACAUUCGUUGAAACUGGAUCCUCUCCCCUGUCCCUUGCCAGCCCCUCACCCCAAAACACCCAGAAUCCAUCCUCUCUCCCUCUCCGGAUGGAUUCUUGGGGUUCCAUCAUGCUGUGGAUAAAGAUUGUAAGAAAUGCAAAUUAUGUGGAUGGCUCGUAGACUCCCUAAUGACCUAAGAUUUGCAUUAGUUUUCCUCCUGCACCCUUAAGACUGAUUUUGUUGCUGCUGCGUAGAUUCUGUGUAACUUUUUACUCUCCCUUGUUUUCUCCCUAGACAUCUUCAUGCCCGUUAGUUCACCGUUUGCCUAGCAUGUCCCUGUGGCGUCUCAAAAAAAGUUUCAUCGUCCCGUCAUUGUUUCUGAUGUCUUUCUGACCUCACAUCAUAUUUGGUUCUCCUACUGACCUUUGAUCUAGUUUGACCUUUGAAAUUUGCAUGUGACCUCAUCUAGCUAUGAAUUCUGGGAAGUCAAUGUGAAAAACAUUGCUGCAUUCAUGCAAGACUGAAAUUUAUUAUUAGAAAAAUUAAUUAUAGAAAAACAACCUGUGGCAAAAAUGUUUCUUUCUUAUUUCUUUUUUCUUUUCAUAAAACAGACUUGAAAGUAUUAUACAGGGAUUGGCAUUCUUCCCGGUCACUGGUAACAAUAGCAAUAUGUGUCCAGGGACACAGAAUGUUGGUUUCUAACAGACUACUUCCAAAAACAGUUUGAGAAAAAAACUGUCUGAUUUUAAGUCUCUAGAGGUCUGUAAUAGUUUUUACAUUUUUCAGGCAGUGUAAAGUUUUUUGAUAAGGCCAUUUUAGGUGGCUCACUUUCUCAUUAAGAUAUAUAUAUAGAACCACUUUUUGUAGGUUAGUAUAAGAAAAAUAUUUACCCUGUUUUGGGGCAAAUGCUACCUAUUUGUGUCACCUUUUGCUGAACUGACUCACAGUUAGACAAUCCAUGGUUUAAUGCACAUGAAAUUACCUAUAUUUUAUACUGUUUCAAUGUACAGGAGAAAGGUUACUGUAAACUGUGUUGCGUUGGUGCUUCUGUGAAUUAAGUUGUGGUUUCAUCAUGAGUCUUAUGGUCUUAAUGUUCUUUGUUGAUAAGACAAGUUUAGAAUUGGUUUUACUUAAAAAAGAAUUUCAAAAAAAAGUUGUUUGCUUAAAAAAAAUUUCAUGUGAGGGAAAAAAAAAAAAACCUAUUCCAGAAUAAGUUUUGUGUUGGCUUGUAAAGCAUUGAUGUCAUAUUUUUUUUUUAUUGUGGACUAUUUAGAUGUGUUUGUGUUCAGCAAAAUGUGAUUUUUUUUUCUUUUAAAGAAAAAAGUGAAAAUAUAUAGUGCCAAAUUCCAAAGGUACUUCCUUCCUAGAGCUUCAGUGUGUUUCUUGUGAGAAGUAAUUUGAUAACAUGGGUAUUUUAUUAUGUGUUUUGUAUAAAUCCCUAAUAUUUAAAAAACAAAAACAAAAAAGAGGUUAAAAAGUUUGUUAACUUGCUAUCCUGUGGUCUUGUUGCCUGAAAUUGUUAUCGUUUGUUAUUUCUCUAUGAUGUUUUUGUAAGACACUGUAUAAGUGCCCAUGUCUCACUUUUUUAACCACUCUGCACAUCAACGCUGUGACGGCAACCUCACAAUGUAUUUUCUUCAUAAUACAUGGAAACCUCUAAGGUGAGAAAGUUUUGAACUUUUAACCCUUUCUACCCAGAGCUAUCGGGAAUGUUGGUAACUUUUUAUACUGUCAUCAUUUUGUUUGGGGGUAUUUCUAAUUUGGAUUUCCCGCCCCACCCCCACCCAUCCUGCCCCACCCCCACCCUCAGCAUCUAUCUUCUCUGAGUUGCUUUUUGUCUUAGUAGUUUACCCUUUGGUUGUGAUCCAAAAGAAGAAACUCCACAAGGCAAAUCUGAAGGAAAAAAAAUACAUCCUUUAAUUUUUUUUUUUCACUUUGACUACUUCUGGUCAUUUUUUAAAAAAGAAUUCUUAAUUUGCUGCAGGAAUUCCUUCUGUUUUAAUUAAGAACAGUUUAGUGGCUAACUCUCUGAGGGGAAUGGUCGGUAGAUCUAGCACCUAAGUGAACCUGAAACUCUCUGUGCUUCUCAGACCAGGUUUAGUAGCCUACUCCAGUUUAGAACAGUUUUAUCUCCCUUCCAGUGAAAUGACUGAGAUGAAGAAGUCUUUUGAGGUAUUUUUGCUUUUGUUUCUGAAAUACUCCUAAUUAUUAUUUCUAAUCAGCCAUUGUGCUGGAUUCUCUAAACCCGUGGAUACCUCUGAACAAGCAAGGUGUCUGGAGUUAGAAGCUGAUAGGCCUUUCCCUUUUUAUUUCUAAUUCAAUGCAUGGACUGACCACAUCAGUCAGUCAGUUCUUUGUCACAGUUACUGACCAAAAUACCUAGCACCAGUUCCUGCUGCCACUUUUUAAUUAAAGUGCCAUAUUACUUUGACUUCAUGUGAACAGAUCUCUUGCUGUCUUGACAAAUCCCAACGUCAUCCCUACAGCCCCAGCACAAACUCCUGCCUUCCUGAAAGCAGCCCCUGGAAGCUUCUUUGUCACUAAUGGAGUUCAGAAACUGCUGGCUGCCAUCCCUCCCUCCCUCCCUUGCCCACUCACCACCCUGCUGGGUUGAAUGUGUGUGGAUGUGAUAGCCCUGGGACGGAAAGGACUAGCCUCUAAUAAUGCAAAAAAAAAAAAAAAAAAAAAAAAGUUUCCUUCUUA